GUAUUAGUGAUGUUAAAAACUGCCAGGUUCCUUCCAAUACACAAGCUGUAAUUAUGGAAACCUUUCUACCAAAGCUGACAGGAUCUUAACUCGCCAAGAUGCCCAUCCACAUUGAUGAUGUGAUGCAACUGUUCUGCCAUCUCUCUCAGGUGAAGGGGAUGAAAGCUGCUGUGAAACACUCUGGUCGAGGAGCACUGCUGGCGGGUGGAACAGCACUUAUUGGGGGUCUGAUGGGAGGUCCAGCUGGAAUUGCUGUAGGAGGAGCAUUCGGUGGAUUGCUUGGUGCCUGGAUGACUGCUGGACAGUUCAGGCCGGUCCCUCAGAUUUUAUUGGAAUUGUCUCCUGCUGAGCAGCAGAAACUUUAUGACAAAGCCGUUGUUAUUCUCAGGCGCUUAGACUGGACUGAUAUUGUUCAGCUGACUGCUCUUGUAAUGAGAAAUCCUAGUGUCCAGCAGAAUUUGAUAGACGUGCUGGUAACUUACCUCUCCAAAGAGCUAAGAGCAGAGAUACAGUAUGGAGAAUAAACCUUUCCAGGCUUUUUACACUGUACUGAAUUUUACUCUGACAAUUGUGAUUCUUCAACAUAGCAAUUAUUAGUUAUUGGUCCUAAUUAUGAAUGUAGGCAGAUCUAAGUAUUGUUUUGGGGUUGGGUUUUUUGUUUGUUUGUUUUGUUUUGUAAGGAUAGUAUUAGAUAACUUGCGUUAUCCUGACACUGACUUGCUAUGUAAUUUUGAAUUACUCUGCACUAGGACUAAAUUCAAAAUCACUGAAGGGAAUUAUGCUUCUCUUACGCUAAUGUAUCACUAGUUAAAAUUUUCAGAGUCAUUGUGUUUUAUUUAGGAGAUUUAAUCCUGUUUGUGUAAGUGCUUUAAUUUUCUUCUGUGAAUGACAUGUAGGUGCCAAAGUAGCUAGGGCACUUUGAAGAAUUUUACCUACUGUCUGUUUCAGUCCUGCAAAAGAAAGUUACAAGAAAGUACGUUAUUCUACUGUGAACUCAAAGAUCUCAAUCCUUACUUUAUUCUUUGUCACAUUUUUAUUGUAAUUCUUGAGUGAGUUAUUCCUUUCUGUAAGAAGUGAAGCCAAUGCCUAAACAAGAUUUAAAGCAACAGGUAAACAAACUGUGCACAAUUAGUAGUUCCUGGUGUCCUAGAAUGGGAAGGCAUGGCAAGAAUAGACUUUAAAAAAAAAAAUUAAAAAUGGGUGGCUGAAUCUGCCGGUUUUGUACUAUCCCUAGUAUUAGGGUUGUCAUUUCAGCAUUGGUUUCUUGACUGAAUCUGAACAGCCGGUCCUCUGUUUUCAUUAAAAUAUUCACAAGAAGCAUCAUAGUGGCCUGUGUUUUGCCUUAAAGUAAAUGAACUCUUUAAGAACCGAGUACUGAAAUUUGAGGAAGAAGACAGCCCUGUACUGGUCAGCCAGCAGUUGGCAGCGGUGGUGGUGGUGUGGGAUGACAUGCUGGCUGCAGUUAACACUGUAAGCCCCAAAUGCAAUGUUGCUGAAUAUCCCAGCAACAGUUGUUCACCAUUUGUUUCAAGGCACUUGUAAGACAAGUUCAUGAGUAUAAAAAUGUGCGGGUGUGCCUUCUUUGUAUGCAAAAACAAGUGAAACUGCUUUGAUAAUUUCAUUUUUCCCCUAAAAUAAAGAUUUAUCUCUGUGUGUGCA